AUGGAAGUCCCUUUGGAUGAGAAAGGCUCUUUCAUCGCCGAGUCGCCACGAGAGUUGACGGCAAGCACCCUCAUCAAACCACAGGCUCGCGAGGCUUACGAUGUCAAUGUCACAUUUGAAGAGUACCUUUACUACUCUAAGAAGACAAGAGAAGAGGAGGAAUUCCUGGAGCCUCCGGUGCUCAAUGUCCGAGAGUUUUUCAAGGGGAAGAAAGCCGAAGAACCGCUCACGACGCUGACAGAGAAAGACUUCACAACUCGAGAGCGGCGACUGGCGAUCACAGACGAGGAAUGGGCAAAUGCAAGCCGUUCGCUUAGGUCUGCUUCAUGGGGUGCCUGCCCAUAUGGCUCGGGCUUUGCGAUGGGCACAUUGGGUUGGGGACCAGGCAUUGCCUUCUACACUGUCUUCGGAUUCAUGGCCGGAUACUCUGGAUAUCUCAUCUGGCGAGUCUUCCUCGGCGUGGACAGCUACGAGUUCCCAGCUAAGAACUACGGCGAUCUCGGAUUCAGAACCCUUGGUCGGUUUGGUCGCCAUAUUACAAAUGUCUGUCAGGCGAUUUCGUUGCUCUUACUCGUAGGCCAAGUCACAAUUGAAUUUGGCCAAAACAUCUCCCAGGUGUCGAAGUUCCGGCUGUGCUACGUUGUCUGUCCAGUCAUAUUUGCAUGUGCUGGCUUCUUCAUUUCGCAGAUCAGAACCCUCAAGGCGUAUGGAUGGGUUGCAAAUCUCGCCGUGUGGAUGAACCUGUUUGUCAUCUUUAUGACGAUGGGUGUUAUGUCGGUGUCGCCACCGAACUACAAAAUAUCCACACUCGGGUCUGCUGGCAGUGCAGUUGACAGAAAGACGAUCACACCAGACAGUGAUGGUAACUACCCACCGAUCAUCCAUUACAGCAAUGUCCCUCAGGGCGGCCUUAUUGGGUCCGUGAAUGGCAUGCUUUCCGGUGUGUUGGCAUACGCAGGUGCACAGCUCUUUGUCGAAUUCAUGGCCGAGAUGCGCCGACCUCGAGACUUCAUCAAGGCUAUGUGGGGUGCCCAGUUUUUCAUCUAUAGCGUCUAUCUCACUCACGGCUGCGUGGUGUAUUAUCUUCAAGGACAGUACAGCUAUAGCCCGAGUUAUCAAGGUAUCAGCGUAUACUCAUGGCAGACCGUCGGGAACAUGGUCUCUUUGCUCUCUGCUCUCAUCUGCGCAGGUCUUUAUGGAAACAUUGGAGUCAAGAUUGUCUACAAUAACAUUUUGAUGGAUAUUUUCGGUCUACCUCCUCUGAAUACGCGGGUGGGUAAAAUUGUCUACGCUUCUCUUGUCCCAGUUUGGUGGACGAUCGCAUUCAUCAUCGCCGCAGCCGUUCCGGAUUACUUUGGCUUCGUCAGCAUAAUUUCCGCUUCGAUGCUUUUGAACUUGACAUAUACCAUCCCUCCCUUGUUUGCCCUUGCAUUCGACAUCCAGAAGAAUGCUAUCCGGACGGAGGUUGGCGAAGGAUUCAACCCAAUAACUGGAGAGGUGAUCCGGACCGAAACAACGACAGCAAGAUGGAUCCGUGGCUUCUUUUCAGGUGGUCCUUUGCAAGUCGCGAUCAAUAUUUGGCAUGUCGUGUUUUCCCUAGCAUCACUAUCCAUGUGUGGACUGGGCAUGUGGGCGGCCGUCGUUGGAAUGAUCGACGCCUUCAAGAUCCCGCAGCUAAACUCGUUCUCUUGUGUCUCACCACUCAAUCUAAAUGGCUAA